AAUAAAAGGCUGAUAGUAUUAUGUUUAAUUUUUAAAAACUUCAAUUUGUAAUAUAUUUAGAGGUAUUAAUAUUAUAGCAUUAUAUUAAAAUGUUUAAAGUUUUUUUACUAUUAAAAAUGAAAUUAUACACCGGAGUGCCAAAGGACCUGACAAAACGUACAAAACUCUACUGAAAAGGAAGUAACUCCUAUCCUGCCAUUACACGCGCCUUCUAUCCUGUCUGCAACACAAUCUAUUUUUCGUACUGCGUGCACGGAAUACUAUAUAACUAGGCUCAAAGCCAUUUUACCUUUUCAAUGAAAAUUAGCUCCCCUUUUACCUGUUUACCGCAAAAUCAAGACAGUUCUUGUUUGGACAAAAAGAAGUCUGUAUACCAAAUGUAAAAUAUCUAGGAUAUUUCAAUCAAGAGCUGUUGCAGAGAGGGAUAAACAAACAGACAAUACAAUUAAGAUGGUCACGUCAGUAACCUUUAUAAUUAUAUUAUUUAGCAAUACGUUUCGACGAUAGUUAAUUUAAAUUCAUGGUCCGUUUGAACAAUUACGUCUAUUGGAAUUUCGGACAUCACUGUAUGUAACAAAAUACGAUAUCACAACGUUUCGAGAAUUAAAAUCUAUCCUCUUCAUCAGGUGGAAAAGUAAUGAGUACACAAAAAUAGGAAGAAAAUAAAGAUAUUGUUUUGUGUUAAUUACCUUCCCACUUGAUGUUGAGGCUAGAUUUCAAACCUGACAGUGGCAAAUGCCAGAAAUCCUAUUACCCUUUCAAACCUUCCACCGGCAAUAAGAAAACCUUAAACAAAGAAAUCAAAUCUACACGGCCAUAUACAGUAUUGUGCUCUUCGAAACUGAUUGAUGUCUCAGUCAGUUUCUUUAUAAGGCGGUAAAUCUUUUACAAGUUACUUAUAGACAAAUAAAUACAUUUUAUUUUUGAUUUAACAUAUACAUUGUGGGUGUAUAGCAUGUCGGCAUAUGGUCACAAUGCACCCUGGUUAAGUAGUUAAGACUCUGAACAUAAGUUAUUGUAGUUGCCCAAAUGUGUCUUAAUGAUUAUUUUCAGUAUUUUAAGAACUCUAAAAUUUACAUUGUUUAAUUUUGUUUUUUGAAUAAUGUAUGUUACUAAACACUAAUUAAUGUGUACCCUCUAUACUCAAGUACUUGUGAAAGUAGAACAAGGAUCAAGAAUUUUAUUUGCAAGAAAUAUACACAACCUUGGAUCCCAACUGACAACUGAUAUUUUCCCGUAGUGGACAUUUAGUAAGGCCCCACUUUGUUCCUUAAAAAGUUGUUGACCCGUUUGUUUGUUGAGAACGAUCUUCCAGCAGUACAUGCCAGUAGUACUGAAUUAUUGAAAUAAUAAUAAUCGUUUACUAAAAAAGUAACUGAGAAACAUUUAAACUUGGGGGGUUCCGGACCCCUUGGAUCCCCUCGCUGGCUACGUCCUUGCAACAAAUUACAAAUAACUUCGUUGCAUUCCCAUCUUUAUAGAAAACAACAUCUUAAUGUAAAUAGUAAUUGUUGAUUACGGAUAGUUAAUAUAAAAUACAUAAGAUUCAUAUAUUAUGGUAUACAGUGUAACCUCUUAAAAGACUUUUAAAACUCUUUAAAAGCCCUCCAAAUAAAUUUAUAGUAUAAAUACCUUUUAAAACGUUUUGAAACCCAAAAUUGUCGUAUAGCUUUUUAAUUCUCCCCUCUCUCGCGAGACCUAUAACGAAUAGAAUAUGUGGCUACAUUAUAAUAUUAUUUAUAGAGAAAUGUUUCAGUAUAGAAAAUAUUGUCGUUCAUGCGCAAUGAAAGACAAAUGUCGUAACAUUUGUAAGUACAAUAACUUUGUUUCAAGAUACCCCUUUAAAGAACGAAUAUUUUUGUUAAAUAUUUCAUCUAAAUUGAAUAAACAUUUAACCAAUAAAAAAUAAGUACUGCUUUUGAACAGCAAUACAAAUUUAUCCAAUCUAUUUACAUCCAUGUUUUUUUAGGCGUUAAACAGAUAUUGGUUUCGUCCACGUCCACGUCCUAACAACCGAAUCAUCGUCAACGAUGGCCUCACUAACAAGUAAUCCUGCUCAAACGAAAAGCGAAUACGAUAUUAUGUUUGAUGAUGUAAGGGUGCCAGACUUCACAAGUAUGGAAUUCUUCUUACAGGAGUUAUACAAUAGUGAGAACACAGGAUUCCUUUUAACAGGUGAAGAUGUUUCAAGCUUUUUCGGCAUCGACAAACAAGAUGAACAAGUUAUUGGAGUACCAACUUGGGAGUCUGUACGUUUGGACCAUGACUAUUGUUUACAUCAAGAGGCCCCAAGCAGAAUUGGAUCAUCAGUGUCCACGCCGCCAGACCAGAUCCAGGAACAUAACAAGAAAAUCCAGGAAAAUAAAAUGUCCAGAACUGUUCAUGAUCAUAUGAAGAAAAUAAUUGUUAAAACUUCGUCUGGUCUCCGUACAAUUUACAUCAACCCUGAAAAAACUAUUUUUCUCAGUACUCCACCAGCAAUGAGGUCUAUUUUCUUAUGAUGUUUGUAUUCAACAAUAACAAUGUUAAUAAGUUAAUGUUAAUAGCACGUAUCUCUUUCUGCUCUUCUCACUCGACAUUCAUCUAAAAUAAUAUAUUCUAUCAUUAUUAUUAUAUUAUCAUUGGUUUGCAUGUUUAAGUGUAGUAUUGAUUGAUGUAACCAGGUACUUUUUAUUAAAUAUUGACAUAUUAUCAUUCUUUGCUAGUUAUUUGUAAAUUUAAUAUUAAACUACUAAACAAUGUUUUUACUAUUUGUAAAUUCCUUGUUUCUGUAACUAUAUACUUUUGUUUAUUUUGUUUUUAUUUGGAUGUCUAAAUUAUUAAGUAAAAGAGAAGAAAGUUGUUUGUAAUAUCAUUAAGAUGUAGUACAAAUGAAUACAAGUAUAGGUAUUGCAUUGUUCAAUACAAAUUAGUGCUUUGUUACAUAACAUUAAUGGUUAGCUAACAUAUAUGUUAAUAUGUUUUAUUAAAAGCCAUUACAUUUGCAUUUGCAUAAACAAUAAUAAUAUAAACUUAUAUAAGAUAGCAAUAAUAAGUGCAAUAAAAAUAUAUUCUUAUAUCA